UGAUUCGUGUUUAUUAUUAUUAUUUCAGAUAGAUGUGUUUGCUGAUGGUUGGAUGCUGUGUAAAGAACCUAGUCUCAGGACCUGUAUGAGACGCCACUGUACUCCUGGUUGGCACUGAUUAUAACCUUUUAUUUUAUUAGGCACAAUGUCUGUUCCUCCUAACUACUCUGACCUCGGAAAAGCAGCGAAGGAUAUCUUUAGCAAAGGCUAUGGAUUUGGAAUAGUGAAGCUGGACCUGAAGACCAAAUCGCAGAAUGGAGUUGAAUUCAACACAUCUGGCUCUACUAAUAUUGACACUGGCAAGGCCGGUGGUAGUUUGGAGACCAAGUACAAGCUGAAGGAGCUGGGCCUGGGUCUCAAUCAGAAAUGGAACACGGACAACACUCUCACUACCGAGCUUUCUGUGGAGGACCAGCUGGCAAAGGGCUUGAAGGUGGCACUUGACACGUCCUUUGUCCCAAACACAGGUAAGAAGAGUGGCAAGCUGAAGAGUGGCUACAAGCGGGACUACAUCAACCUGGCCUGCGAUGUUGACUUUGAGGGCCCAGUCGUGCAUUCCGCAGCUGUUUUGGGCUACGCAGGCUGGUUGGCUGGUUACCAAAUGGCAUUUGACACAGCUAAGACCAAACUGGUGCAGAACAACUUUGCUCUUGGCUACAAGGCUGGUGAUUUCCAGCUUCACACCAAUGUUAAUGAUGGAACUGAGUUUGGUGGCUCUGUCUACCAGAAGGUUAACAAUCAGCUGGAGACUGCGGUCAAUCUGGCCUGGACUGCUGGCAGCAACAACACACGCUUUGGCAUUGCUGCCAAGUACCAGCUAGACAGUGAUGCUUCUUUGUCUGCCAAGGUGAACAAUGCCAGUCUGAUUGGAAUUGGUUACACUCAGACUCUGCGACCAGGUGUGAAAGUGACUCUCUCUGCGCUCAUCGAUGGCAAGAAUUUCAGCACUGGAGGACAUAAAGUUGGAAUGGGCUUUGAACUCGAAGCAUAAAUGCCCAGUCUUGUAGUAUUUCUCUUCCACGUUCCAUCAUUCGUUUUACACAAGCAUUACUGUUAAAAAUAAUAAUUAUUUUUAAAAAAACCUGCACUACACCACUACAGGUUUCAUGGCAUUUAAUGGCAGUUGGAGUCGGUAUACAAUUCAUUCAUUAAUUCAUUUUCUACCGCUUAUCCGAACUUCUCUGGUCACGGGGAGCCUGUGCCUAUCUCAGGCAUCCUCGGGCAUCAAGGCAGGAUACACCCUGGACGGAGUGCCAACCCAUCGCAGGGCACACACACUCAUUCACUCACACACUACGGACAAUUUUCCAGAGAUGCCAAUCAACCUACCAUGCAUGUCUUUGGACCGAGGGAGGAAACCGGAGUACCCGGAGGAAACCCCUGAGGCACGGGGAGAACAUGCAAACUCCACACACACAAGGCGGAGGCGGGAGUUGAACCCCCAACCCAGGAGGUGUGAGGCAAACAUGCUAACCACUAAGACACCGUGCCCUUCUCGGUAUACAAUUAAUUCAAGAUAUUUUCCUGUUUUAUUACCAGAGAUAACUUUGUCUUUUGGGGGAUUUCAGUAUAAAAAUAAGAAAGCUAGUAGGUUGUAGUGUAAUAUCCUGUAGUCGGUACACAGACUUUUCAACAUGAUUAUUAAGUGAACGUGUCAAUAAAUUCCUUCAUCAGCAUCCUGCAAUAAACUUUAACUGAAAACUGGUA